UGCCGCAUCCCAUCCACAAGCUCUCUCUGGACCAGCUCGGGUGCACACGCGUCUCUGCGGGAGCCAGCCUAGACCUCUGCGGCAACUCCGGUAUCAUGGCCGACUCCGAGAACCAGGGACCUGCGGAGCCCAGCCAGGCGGCAGCGGCGGCGGCAGCGGCGGCAGCCGAGGCAACUGAGGAGGUAAUGGCGGAAGGCGGUGCGCAGGGUGGAGAUUCUGACAGCGCCGCUGGCCACAGUGACAGCGCGGCUGCUCAGAUGGCUGAGGAGCCCCAGACCCCCGCAGAGAAUGCUCCAAAGCCUAAAAAUGACUUUAUUGAGAGCCUGCCUAAUUCGGUGAAAUGCCGCGUCCUGGCGCUCAAAAAGCUGCAGAAGCGAUGCGAUAAGAUUGAGGCCAAAUUUGAUAAGGAAUUUCAGGCUCUGGAGAAAAAGUAUAAUGACAUCUAUAAGCCCCUACUCGCCAAGAUCCAGGAGCUCACCGGAGAGAUGGAGGGCUGUGCAUGGACCCUGGAGGGGGAGGAAGAGGAGGAGGAGGAAUACGAGGAAGAGGAGGAGGAGGGCGAGGAGGAGGAGGAGGAGGAGGCUGCGGCAGCCGCGGGGGCGGCCGCGCGGGUGAGAGAUGACCGUCACCAUGCCGAGAUGCCCGAUGACGCCAAGAAAUAAGAGGGGGCAGAGAUCACCAGGAGAAAGUCGCCGUAAACAACAAUCCAUUUUUUUUUUCUUUUAAAUAUUGGUGGACUGUAAAAGGCUCAGGUUUUUGACCAAAAAUACAAUGUGAAUCUAUUCUGACAUUCCUAAAAUAAUUUAAAUUGAAGCAAUUCGAUUCUGGUCAGCCCAUUUCAAAUUUGACUUUCAUUUUGAACACAACAAAGGUAUCAAAAGAUGUCGAAGAAUACCAAAUUAGGCUUAAAAUGGUUUUUUCAUGAUCUGUGAGGACUGGGAUUGAGGCUGCAAUGGGUGUCAGCAGAUGUAAAAGAAAGUACGUCACUUGAAAUUCAUUCAUAACGCGACCAUUACCCUACCCAUGGAACAACCCAAGCCAAACUGUACUGCAUUCUCCAUGCUAAUUCUUCUUUAGUCCUUACAUUUCCCAAUGCAGAGAAAGCGAACCCGAGAAAGACGUCAUCUUUUAAGACUUUGCUUUUGCAACCCCRACAUCAGCUUUACCACGUCAGAGGAGAGACGGUGAGAGACUGUGUGGAGGAAGCCUGCGAUGGAGAUCAUGAGACUGUUGCUAAUGAGGCCAGGAAAACUGCCAUUUCAAUUUCUGAAAAAAUGUUCUGAAUAUUUGAAUCUAGAGCAAAACAUGGUUUCAAGAAGGAGAGUGUAUAACAUGUAUAAUAUUGUCAACAUACGUAUUCAUUAGUUACAGUUUCAUGUUUAAGUGUUUUCUUGGUAGUGUCUUUACAAAGCCGUAAAAAUUACCCUAAAUGUUUUAAGUCACUUUACCUAGAAUUGUAGAAAUAUUAAUUUACUUGAAGAGAUGUAGAAUGUAGCAAAUUCUGUAAAGCAUGUGUACCCAGUGUUAUGUAGUUUGAUCCUUGUGAAGUCUUUGUCAUGUAGCUUUUAGGGUGUAGCUGUGAAAAUCAUCAGAACUCCUCACUGAAGCUAAUGUUUGGGAAMAAAAUAUAUACUUGAAGAACCAAUCCAAGUGUGUGCCCCCAUCCCCAGCUCAGAAGUAGAAAGGGUUUAAGUUUGCUUGUAUUAGCUGUGCCUUCAUUAUUUUGCUAUUUAAAUGUGACAUAUUAAAUAUAAAAUGGUGCAUAAUCAAAUUUUACUGCUUGAGGAUAGACUGGCAUACAGAAAGGAUUUUGAGGAAAGAACACAUUUAAUGUAAAGACUCUUAGCUUCUUUGUGGGUUU